GAGAAAGAGAGCGACGGAGAAGGAAGAGGAGAGAGAAAGGAAAGGAGUUUCCGACAAGGAGAAGGAACUAGGACAAGGCGACGCCUUCCAGCAGAGCCUUUGGGAAAAGGAAAGGACUUCUCGACCUCGCCGUGGAGCCUGAGCGUCGGAGGGAGACCUACGCUUGUCUUCCUACGAGCUGUAGCGAGCCUUGCCGGAGCUCGAUAGUACUUAGAGAGGAGCUGGGGCGCCAUGGCGGGCUGCGGAGGCGCUAGCACGGGCGGGCGUCGAGGGCGCGCCUGCCUGGGCGUUUUGGCCGUCAUCGACUCCCUGUUGUCCAUCUUCGUGUUCGCGCCGCUCGUGGUGGGCUACUGGCGGGGCUGCUGGCAGCUGAUGGACAUCUACCUCCUCCCGGGGAACAAGCAGCUGUCGGUGCUGACGUCGCUGGCCAUCGGCAACGUGUCGGGCCUCGUGUUCUGCCUCCUGCAGGGCCCCCUCGCCACCCUAUGCGACAACGAGCGGCGCCCCCGUCUGCACCUCCUCGUGUCCAGACUCUACACCGCCGUCUACUGCGUCUGCUGCGUCAACCACUGGAGGGGCGUGUGGGCGUCCUGGGAUCUCUACACUGGCAUCUCCUGGCAGUCGGGCGCCACGUCCGCGGGCAUCGGGCUCCUGACGCUGGCGCUCACGCGGGGCCUCAAGAACAUCCUGGCGCCGCCGUUCAUCGUGGUGACCGACCACCCAAGUGGCUACUUCAAGGUGCCGACCCUCUUCAGUACCAAGGUAAGUCGCCUCGGGUCACCCUGUCGGUGCUUCGGGCCUCUUGGGGGCACUCAAAGGAUGGUAGUAGGAAGUGGUAAAUAGAGAAAACGCAAGCUGA